GCUGCUUCAACAGUACAAAAUCCUUCAAAUCUUUCAUCUCUUUCAAAUCAACCGCUCUUCUCAUCUCGCCGACAGCCUUCACGUCCACCGCACCGUCGUCUUCUUCAUCGGUGUACCAUUCCUUGACGACGGUAACUACGCCGACGAUACGACGAGCCUUCGUACCGGAGUGGUAGAAGAAGCAGAGAUCGUUGAUUGACAUUGAUUUCAGGAAGAUGAUUGUUCUCAAAGACAUUGUGCCUGCUGCUCAAAACAACAUAGACACUAAAUUUAUAAUCUUGGAGAAGGGGAAGACAACACUUGAAGGGCAAAAUAAAGUGUGUUUGGCGCUUGUAGCUGAUGAGACUGCGGCGGUUCAUUUUCAGCUUUGGGGAGAUGAGUGUGAUGCUUUUGAUUCAGGUGAUAUAAUUCAUCUAACUAAUGGCAUAUUUUCCUAUCAGCGCAGCAACCUUAUCUUAAGGGCGGGUAAGAGAGGGAAGUUAGAGAAGAUAGGAGAGUUUACUAUGUCCUAUGUUGAGACACCAAACAUGAGUGAGAUUCAUUGGAUUCCAGAUCCAACUAAUUCUAAGAAGUAUAUGCAGGAGCGUGUAAUAUCUCCUCAUUCACGCAUUUUCCCCCCAAUUUUGUAGUUUGAUACAUUUUUACUCUCAGCAAAACUUACCAACUUGUUUGUUGAUAAACCUACCUUUUAGUUUUAUUUGUACACUUUCAUUCACCUUGCAAAAAGGAAGGCAGUCUUUUUUAUUA